UGUUAAACAAUGUAUUAAUUAUAUUUUAUUUAUACGUAAUAUUAGUUUAUUAAUAGAUAUUGAUUUUGUUUAUUGUAUAGAAAUAAAUUGCUUUCAAUUUGAACUUUGAUCAUGACCAUUGCUAUAUUGGGUGGUGGUUUGGCAGGUUUAAGUGCUGCUUAUUACUUGAAACAUGAAGGAAAAAUUCAAAACAAUCAGGCAAUACAAAUUAUUGAAGUAAAUAAUAAUACUGGAGGCUGGAUUCAGUCUUGGAAAAAUGAAAAAUCUAAAAUAGUUACUGAACUUGGUCCACGGACAAUUCGAGGUCGCGGUAAUUCAGCCAACAAUACUUAUAGUUUAAUUAAAGAUUUAGGAAUUGAAAAUUUAGUACGCCAUGUUGACAUUGAUGCUACUGCUAGAUACAUAUAUGCUAAAGGAAAUGUACAUCAAUUGCCCACUAAUUUUUGGAAAGCCCUAUUUGCAGUUAAUCGACCAUUUACAAAACCAUGGAUUCAUUAUGUGUUACGCGAAUUCUUUUCAUCAAAUAAUAGUAAUAUUAUAUUAUCUAAAACACAAAAAAGUGAUGAAAGUGCUUAUGAUUUUUUUUCUCGAACAUAUGGACAAGAAUUUGCUGACUACUUGAUUUCACCAUUAUUGUGUGGCGUAUGUGGUGGUGAUGCUAAAGAAAUUAGUGUAAAGUUUAUGUUUGGUGCCUUAUAUGAAGCAAAACAAAAACAUGGCUCGGUUGGAUUUGGGUUAUUGAAGGAAAAAUUGAAUACCUAUUGGACCCCGAAAAAAGUAAAAAAUUCAGAAGAAACCUAUAAUUUUAAACCACCGCCAUCUGUUUAUUACUUAGAAGGAGGAUUACAGGUAUUAAUCAAUGCAUUACAUACUAAAAAUCAAUCUCAAGGCAUCAAUAUACAGCUUAAUACUGAAUGUUCAGAAUUACAUUUUCAUGAAAAUGGUGGUCUUAGAAUUAUGUUAUCUAAUGGCCAACAUUUGGAAUGUUCACAUGUUAUCAGUGCAUUACCAGCACAUAAAUUAGCUUCUUGUGUUAGUUUUCAACACUCAAAAUUAACCCAAUUAUUAAACUCCAUACCAACAGUUUCUAUAGCAACAGUUAAUUUAACUUAUGAUAAUCCAAAUGUAAUAGAUUCUUACAAGGGUUUUGGAGUACUCGCUUCACCGAUGGAAAAUUUAUCAUUGUUAGGUAUUAUUUUUAAUAACUGUAUAUAUGGUCACAAAAAGUCAGUUGAUCUUACAGUCAUGAUGGGAGGAUAUGCAUUCAAAGACAACUUUCUUCACAAUUCUAAAUGUUUAUCUAAUGACAAAUUAACCCAAAUAGCUAUGGAUCAUGUAAAACGUGUUCUGAAUAUAACAUUAUCUCCAACUACUUAUACUACACAAGUUCUACACAACUGUAUUCCACAAUAUACAAUUGGACAUUAUGAACGUGUAACAAAAAUACAAGAUUAUAUUACUAAUAAGCGUUUACCAUUAACUUUAGUUGGUUCAUCUUAUACUGGAAUUAGUAUAAAUGAUGUUAUUUAUUCAUCAAUGAUCGCUAUGCGAAAAUUUUGUAGACGAUAG